UAAUGUAUAUCUUAAUUAUCAUUUAAAUAUAAAAUAAAAUUAGAUUGCAAAUAUUACAGAUUUAUUAAUGAUCAAUACGAGACAACAAUUAGUUUCUCUUAUCUUUGUUGUUUAUUUACGAUGAAUGUACAAAAGUUAUUUCCGUUUAGUUAACUUUAACGCCUUAUUGGAAAGUACUAUGUGUAAUACUUGAUAGAAGUAAUAUAUUUGUGUUUGUAUUUGUGUAUAGCAAUAUCGAAUAUACUGCGUAUUGUGAUUCAUUAUCUUAUAAAAGGAAUAUUAUAUUGUUAGUGAAUUUUGCUGCGUAUAUAUUAUCAAGGAGGGCGUAUCAGUUUUACAAUUUAUAAAAUAAUUUGCAAAUAUAUUUGCAUAACCUCAAAUGUGAGAUCUUGCAUAUGUUUGUAUUAGAAUGGACAUUAUCUAUGUUACUUGAAGGAAUUUAAUCUAUAAAUUCAAGAUGAAGAAAAAGGUUUUGUUGAUGGGCAAAAGUGGCUCAGGAAAGACGAGUAUGCGUAGUAUUAUAUUUGCUAAUUAUAUAGCACGUGAUACUCGCCGAUUAGGUGCAACAAUUGACGUAGAACAUAGUCAUGUUCGUUUCCUUGGAAAUUUGGUAUUAAAUCUUUGGGAUUGUGGUGGUCAAGAAGCUUUCAUGGAAAAUUAUUUUGCAUCUCAACGUGAUAACAUAUUCCGAAAUGUAGAGGUGUUAAUUUAUGUCUUCGAUGUGGAAUCAAGAGAAUUGGACAAAGAUAUGCAUUAUUAUCAAAACUGUUUAGAAGCAAUAUUGCAAAAUAGUCCAGAUGCAAAGAUUUUUUGUCUUGUUCAUAAAAUGGAUUUGGUACAAGAGGAUCAACGUGAUUUGAUACUACGAGAGAGAGAGGAAGAUCUCAAAAGACUGAGUUUACCACUUGGAUGUACUUGUUUUAGAACUAGUAUAUGGGAUGAAACUUUAUACAGAGCGUGGUCUUCUAUCGUGUACAUGUUGAUACCUAAUGUAGAAGAAUUGGAACAAAGUUUAAAUCAAUUUGCAAAAAUAAUCGAUGCUGAUGAAGUAUUGUUAUUUGAAAGAGCAACGUUUCUUUUAAUUAGCCAUUGUGAAAGACAACUACAUAGAGAUGUACAUCGUUUUGAAAAAGUUUCAAAUAUCAUCAAACAGUUUAAAUUAAGUUGCAGUAAGUUAGCAGCACAGUUUCAAAGUAUGGAGGUAAGAAAUAGUAAUUUUGCUGCAUUCAUAGAUGUAUUCACAUCAAACACAUAUGUGACGGUUAUCAUGUCAGAUCCAGCUAUUCCAUCGGCAGCAACGUUAAUUAAUAUUCGCAAUGCACGUAAACAUUUUGAGAAAUUAGAACGAGCCAGUCAAAGUUCAGCAUUGAGUAGAUAGAAGUCAGCUCGACCCAGGCGCAUUGUCACCCGGGUCCAAACUGUUAAUGACUGUUGAAUUUAAGAGUCUGAUGGAAUGACCAAUAUUACAUUUGGCAAUGUAUUUGCUAAAAAAUAAUUCAUCGAAUAAUAAUAAUAAUAAUAAUAAUAAUAAUAUCCAGCUUUUAUUAUGAGCAUUCAUGACAGAAAUAUGAAUAACUAUACAGGGAAUUAAUAUUUCUUUGUUUCUCUUGCUCAAUUGCUAUGUUUGAUGGUGCUGUAAAAAUUCUGUAUCAUCUCAUAAUAAUUGUGGAUCUGUGUAAACCUGUAACAAGUAAUCCAGUAUCAAUAGCCAUAAAGAAAAAUACUUUAUUUGAAUUAUUUAUAAUGGUAAAUAUAUAUAUAUAUAUAUCAGUUUGAAUCCUAAAUUACUUCAUUUUUUUUUAGAUCAAACAUUAUUAUCAUUGUUCCAUGAUUAUAUCAAUAACUCUAAUCAAAUUUGUACAGCGAUUAUUGUGAUCUUCUUAUAAAAAGAUAUAUUUUCUUAUACCGUAUUUAAUUUCUUCAAAAUAGCGUACAGUUAUAAAUAUAUGAAAAUUAAUCAAGGGAAAAUAGGAUUAAACAAUUAUUACAAUACAUUCUCAACGAUAUGGUAUUAAUAUGUAUGUUUUGUGUUAAUUAAAUACGUUUAAUUAAAUAUUCAAUUUGAAUUGCGCUGCCUCGCACA